CCAAGAUAUUAAAAAACGUUACGUAUACGUAACCUCAAUUUUGGAAAACGAUUAUUUUCACUGCGAUCGGAUUUUAGGUUAAGUGCAGCCUGAUUUGGUCGGAAUGGCGGUUUCGGUCUAAUUCAAAUUCAGAGUUGAUCAAUGUCACUAAACACGUACUACACUCGAAGCCUAAAAUUCAUCGUCAGUGCACGAUUUUCAUUCACGCGUGCCUAUCGGUCAUUCACCGUCGACGACAACCUCGUCGAACCACUUUUCACUCAAUGUAAUAAUCCGUGGAAGAUUUUUGCUCCACCUGUCGGCCAUAAAGAUUUAUUACGAGUAACUCUUUUAUGGCCAUUCCAAGUGGUUUAAUGAGAUGACUCUAGGACAGCCCGGGCGGGGCCGGCCCUUGACGGCGGUCCGUGCUCGUUCCCGGUCGACCUUGCCGCAUUUUCUCGUAUGUAUACUUGUUCGCGAGAUGUAUAUCUUUCGCGCUCGGAAUUCGAGCAGUCAAAUAGCGCGAAAGUUCCGAGAGGCCUCGCCGAGGGAAGACGGAGUGAAAGAGUGAAAGAUCAACAAAAAAACUUGGUCAAAUCCGAGCUCUGGACCUUGCGAAAAAGAUCCAUUGCACGGGUACACCGAGAAGCAACGUUACGAUGGAUGGUACAACAACCUGGCUCACCCGGACUGGGGAUCCGUCGACAGUCGCCUCAUCCGAAAAAUACCCGCUGCAUAUUCCGACGGAGUUUACAUGAUGGCCGGACAGGAUCGACCCUCGCCGAGGAAACUCAGCGACCUUUUCAUGCAGGGCGACGACGGGCUUCCCUCCAUGAAGAAUCGAACUGCACUUUUCGCUUUUUUCGGUCAAGUAGUCUCGUCCGAGAUGAUAAUGGCAAGUGAAAACGGUUGUCCGAUAGAAUUCCAUCGCAUUGACGUGGAAAAAUGCGAUCCAGUUUUCGACAAGGAUUGCCAAGGCAACAAGUACAUUCCUUUUCUGCGUGCCGAUUACGACCGUCAAACUGGGCACAGUCCCAACAGCCCACGCGAGCAGAUAAACAAAGUGACGAGCUGGAUAGACGGUAGUUUCGUGUAUUCGAGCAGCGAGGCGUGGGCAAAUACAAUGAGAUCCUUCAAAAACGGUAGUUUUCUCAUAGAGCCGAUAAGACAAUUUCCUGUGAGGAAUACGAUGCGAGCACCGCUCUUCAACAACGCUGUACCAAGUGUAAUGCGUAUGCUCAGUCCGGAACGCCUCUAUCUUUUGGGAGAUCCGAGAACCAAUCAACAUCCGCCUCUACUCACCUUCGGUAUUUUGUUCUACCGAUGGCACAACGUCAUCGCUGCACGAGUCCAAAAUCAAAAUCCUGGCAUGUCCGACGAGGAAGUUUUUCAAAGGGCGAGACGCAUCGUUGUUGGCACUAUUCAGAAUAUUAUGAUGUACGAGUAUCUGCCGGUUCUUGUGGAGGAGGAACUACCACGAUACACCGGUUACAAGUGCGAUCUCCAUCCGGGUAUAAGUCACGUAUUUCAGAGCGCUGCUUUCCGCUUUGGCCAUACCCUCAUACCACCUGGUAUUUAUCGUCGUGACGAGAGCUGCAACUUUCGAAAGACUCGCACAGGUCAACCGGCCAUACGUCUCUGCACCACCUGGUGGGACUCGAAUGGAGUAUUGGAAAACAGUACGAUAGAAGAGCUGAUAAUGGGAAUGAGUUCUCAAAUAGCCGAGAAGGAAGACAAUCUCUUGAGCAACGAUAUUCGGAAUAAUUUGUUUGGACCCAUGGAGUUUUCGCGUCGUGAUCUCGGUGCCCUGAAUAUAAUGCGAGGACGUGACAAUGGGCUUCCUGACUACAACACAGCCAGAGCUCAUUUUAAGCUUCCACGAAAGAAAACUUGGAAGAGCAUAAAUCCCUCUUUUUUCGAAAAAAAUUCUGAUCUGUUGAACACCUUGAUCGAAAUACAUGGCAACGAUCUCAACAACAUUGACGUUUACGUUGGUGGCAUGCUCGAGUCCAGCGACGGACCUGGUGAACUGUUCACAGCUGUCAUCAAAGACCAGUUUAUUCGACUUAGGGAUUCAGAUCGAUUUUGGUUCGAAAAUGAAGGAAAUGGAAUUUUCACGAGGGAAGAAAUCGAGGAAAUUAAAAGGGUUACCUUGUGGGACGUCAUUACGAACACGACGACGAUCAGCCCUGAGACAAUUCAGAGGAACGUCUUCGUCUGGAACGAUGGCGAUCCUUGUCCGCAGCCAAUGCAGCUGAAUUCCACCGUCCUCGAUGAAUGCGUCCCUCUUCAGCGUCACGAUCAUUUCGAGGGAAGUGAACUGGCCUACAUCUACGCCUGCGUUUUCCUCGGUUUCAUACCAAUUAUUUGCGCGGGAGUCGCGUACGGUCUCGUGAAACUUCAAAACCGUCGUCGAAGACGUUUGAAAAUACUGCAAGAAGCAAUGCAGAACAGAAGCAACAGUCGAAUUUGCGUGGACAAGAUGAUCGUGCGAGAAUGGCUGCACGCGAAUCAUCGGCGUCUGGUAAAAGUGAAAUUCGGUCCGGAAGCGGCGCUUCACAUCGUCGACAGGAAGGGAGAGAAACUGAGGACGUUCGAUUUCAACAAUGUGAACGUCGUGGCUAUGGAGGAGUCUCAGGAAAGCGAAUCCGGUCAGAGCAAAGCACUGGUACUGCUGCGAAUUCCACGAGAUUACGACCUCGUCCUUGAGCUCGAUUCCCUCAGCUCGCGUAGAAAGUUUAUUGCGAAAUUGGGAUCAUUUCUCACGUCUCAUAAGAAGCGUUUCACGCUGGUGCAAACGAAUCGGGACAUAAUGUUGGCCAAAGCUGAGACCAAAGAGCGGAGGCAGAAGAAACUCGAACAGUUCUUCCGGGAAGCUUAUUCCUUGACGUUUGGUUUGCGUCCCGGAGAAAGACGAAGAAGAUCGGAGGACAGCGACACCGGAGAAGUUGUCACGGUCAUGAGAACUUCCCUCUCGAAAGGCGAAUUCGCGAGUGCGUUGGGGAUGAGAGCCGAUGCUGUGUUCGUGAAAAAGAUGUUUCACAUCGUCGACAAAGAUGGAGAUGGCAGAAUAUCCUUUCAGGAAUUUCUUGACACUGUACUUCUGUUUUCACGGGGCAAGACCGAGGACAAACUCCGCAUCAUCUUCGACAUGUGCGACAACGAUUGCAACGGUGUUAUUGAUAAGGAAGAACUUUCUGAAAUGCUCAGAUCUUUGGUCGAAAUUGCACGAACGACGAGUCUUUCGGACGAUCACGUUACCGAAUUGAUCGACGGCAUGUUCCAGGGUGCCGGUCUCGAGCGAAAAGAUUAUUUGACUUACGACGAUUUCAAGCUGAUGAUGAACGAGUACAAAGGCGAUUUCGUCGCUAUAGGUCUCGAUUGCAAAGGAGCGAAGCAAAAUUUCCUCGACACAUCGACGAAUGUCGCCCGUAUGACGAGUUUUCACAUCGACAAUAUUCCUCAAGACGAAGCGAAGAGUUGGCUGCGUCGACAGUGGAACUCGAUGUCAACUUUUCUCGAAGAAAACCGCCAGAAUAUUUUUUACCUUUUUAUUUUUUAUGUCAUUACGAUAGCGCUCUUCGUGGAGAGGUUCAUACAUUAUUCCUUCAUGGCAGAACACACGGAUCUUAGACACAUAAUGGGAGUCGGGAUUGCCAUAACUCGUGGCUCGGCCGCCGCACUGUCCUUUUGCUACAGUUUACUGCUUUUGACAAUGUCUCGAAACCUUUUGACGAAAUUGAAAGAGUUUUCCAUCCAGCAAUACAUACCUCUGGAUUCUCAUAUACAAUUCCAUAAAAUAGCAGCAUGCACGGCCUUGUUUUUCUCACUCGUGCACACCGUUGGUCAUAUCGUCAACUUUUAUCACGUUUCGACUCAGCCCGUUUCACAUCUUCGAUGCCUUACGAGUGAAUUGAGCUUUCCUAGCGAUGCGAAGCCUACGAUAUCUUUCUGGCUUUUCCAAACGAUCACAGGACUUACUGGAAUACUGCUUUUUGUCGUAAUGACGAUAAUUUUCGUGUUUGCACAUCCAACGAUACGUCAGAAGGCUUACAAAUUCUUUUGGUCGACUCACAGUCUUUACGUACUUUUGUACGCUUUAUCGCUGGUCCAUGGAUUAGCGCGAUUGACCGGAGCUCCCAGAUUUUGGAUAUUUUUCAUCGGACCAGCAAUCGUUUAUGCCCUGGACAAGGUCGUGAGUCUGCGAACCAAGUACAUGGCUCUGGACAUAAUCGAAACGGAGCUUUUGCCCUCGGAUGUGAUAAAAAUCAAAUUUUAUCGUCCGCCGAACCUGAAAUAUCUUUCUGGUCAAUGGGUGCGAUUGGCUUGUACAGUUUUUAGGUCGAACGAGUUUCACUCCUUCACACUGACUUCAGCACCUCACGAGAAUUUUCUCUCGUGCCAUAUAAAAGCCCAAGGGCCCUGGACCUGGAAGCUCCGCAAUUACUUCGAUCCCUGCAAUUACAAUCCGGACGACGAGCAUCCAAAAAUAAGGAUAGAAGGGCCAUUCGGCGGUGGGAAUCAAGAUUGGUACAAAUUCGAGGUCGCUGUUAUGGUGGGCGGUGGGAUUGGCGUGACUCCGUACGCCUCGAUGCUGAACGACCUUGUUUUCGGAACAUCGACCAAUCGUUAUUCCGGAGUCGCCUGCAAAAAGGUCUAUUUUCUUUGGAUAUGCCCAUCUCAUAAACACUUCGAAUGGUUCAUCGAUGUGUUGCGCGACGUCGAACGAAAGGACGUAACCGAUGUCCUUGAGAUUCACAUUUUUAUAACACAAUUCUUUCACAAAUUCGAUCUUCGAACAACGAUGCUGUAUAUUUGCGAGCAUCAUUUCCAGAGGCUCUCGAAAAAGAGCAUUUUUACUGGACUGAAAGCUAUCAAUCAUUUUGGACGUCCUGAUAUGACGUCAAUAUUGAAAUUCAUUCAAAAGAAACACAGCUACGUUAGUAAAAUAGGGGUAUUCAGCUGCGGUCCGCGUCCUUUGACGAAGAGUGUGAUGUCAGCUUGCGACGACGUUAACAAGGGAAGAAGAUUGCCCUAUUUCAUACAUCACUUUGAGAACUUUGGUUGAUGGUGAUCAGCCUCGAGGCUGUAAAUCAUGGAUAGAAAAUUGAAAGAGAAAGAAAAAACACUUCUGUAAAUACUGUGUGCGGUUCGAGCGAGUUAGUGUGGAUGAAAAACAUUUUAUAAUUUAUAGUAUGAAAAAGUGGUGAGAAAGUCUUUAUUGCUGUAUGAAUCUUUAUAAAUGCUACAUUAUUUAAUUGCAAAUAUACGGGAGAGAGAGAGAGAGAAAACAAAUCGAUGAUUGAGUCUCCAGAAGAUUUGGUCGAAAAAUAAAUGAAAUUUUAUAAAACCGUCGAUAAAAAA